AAUUUUCUCCGGGUCCGAGUCUCUUCACUUCGUUAAUAUUUGUGUGAAAGGCAGAGACAGUAGGGAUCGUGCUACUCCCGGAUGCGGCCCGAUAACAUGAACGCCGGCUUCAAGGUGGUUUCUCUCGCCUUCGGAGAAAGGGCAGGUAGAACACGGGUUUCUCGCGCUUGUGACCGAUGUCAUCGGCAAAAGAUAAAAUGCGAUGCGGCCCAGCCCCGGUGCAAUUGGUGCACUCAUCAGGACACCCCCUGUCUAUAUGAUAGGCAACGCAAGACACGUCGCAAUUAUAUGCAGCCGCGAGAGAAUGCUAGCAGUUCUCAAUACGGACCUCAUACCAAUGCGUCUGAUAAUGAGGUGGUGGGAGAUUCUACCCUGCCGCCUAGUAAACCUCGAAAUCAAUCUCCGGCGCAUUUGAUUGGCAACAUCCCUAUAGCUGAAGGGAACGCCUCGUUGUCAUCGGCUUCAGACACCAUACCUGCAUUAUCGGGCACGCAGGAUAGUCAGCCUUCCAGACGAUCAUCACCGACCAUUGGGUCUUUUGACUCUCCGCCCUGGGAGAAUGUUGCACAAUUUGGCCCCGGUCUGAAUCAUGAACCGAAUUCAAUCGACCGAACAAGUCUACCUGAGCAUGACGUGAUCAGAUCCCUGGCCGUUGACUUCUACUCUUCGAUUUAUAGUUCCAUAUUCCCGAUACUAGACCCCGUUCUCUUCGACCAAACUGUAUCGUAUGCUUAUGAGACUGAUGCUCGUGGGCGAGGGGCUAGGAAGUCUGCUUGUCUCUGCGUGUGGGCUUUUCUUGCAUUCAUGUCAAUACAUCAACUAGACGCAGGCCAUCGGACAUCGCCAAGUGAACGUUUGCGCGUUUUGCACUAUAUUGAGACUUCUAUGCAUAUAGGGCAGGAGCCCGACAUAGACCUGCUGCAAACCUCAGUCAUUAUGAUUGUCGUCUACCUUUUCUCGGGGAAACUUCGAAUGGCUGUUAUGUGGAGCAGUUUCGCCUCUCGAGCAGUACUCCUUCUCGGAGGCCAUUCGAAGGCAUGCUUCGAGCGCGCGUCGCUCUUUACCAAUUCAAGUGAGCUAGGGACUAGGGCAGACGCGCAUCUUCGAAACCUUUUCUGGUUGUGCUAUCAUUUCGAUAAAGAACUUUGUCGGCGUACCGAACAGCCACCGUCUCUAUCCGACCACAAUUGCGACCUGAGUCUUCCUGAAGGCUACAAGGAUUAUGUUCAAUUUACCAUGGAAGCAGAUAAUUACUCACGGCCUCUAUUUCCCGGCGAACUCCGGUUGACGGAGAUCCGCUCCCGGGCUUAUACUGCUUUGUACUCACGACGAGCCCUCGAAAAAAGUGAUGGGGAGAUUUUGCAAGCCAUCCGAACAUUGGAUGGUCAGCUUGAAGAGUGGCGAAUGGCCGUUGCACCUGAUCAUCGCCCGAAGCUUUUCUUCUCUGCGGCCGCCGGUAUUGGCCGGGAUGGCGCCGACAUGCGGGCGGUCAUGCUUCGUCUCGAAUUUCACCACUGUCUGGCUUAUGUCCAUCUGGCAAGCACUCGCUGCAAGUCAUGGAGUCCCCGGCAUAAAGUAGAGCUGGAGGGAGUCAGUACAAGCUUAGAAAUCUCUGUGUCUGCCUGCCGUUCAUCCCUGCAAUUUCUGCUAGCAGUGAAGCAGGUUUUGAAACCUAAGGUCUUCUGGCUCGUCAUAUUCUACCCCAUAAUGGCUAUGCAAACGAUUCUCUCGAAUAUCCAGGCAAAUCCAAACGCACAAACUGCGACGUACGAUGUUGCCCUCAUCAGUCAGGUCUCGCAGUUCCUUAAUGACCUAGCCACACAAGCUGCACAGCAGAAUGAGGGACACGGAUCUGAGGACCGAGCUUGUACCUUCGUUGCGGACCUUGAACGCGCAGCGCGCCAGUCAGUAUUGAGAAGUGCCCCAGCCACUAUCAGCCGGUUGAGCUCUGAUGUUGCGGUGUGAGUGCGCCAAACGUGAGCUCGGGAGGACUCUGUGCUCCCUUGGAGGUUGUCCUCCUCGGCAGGCUCGGCGGGAGGCUGUUCGCCGCGCCCAGCCUUGCUCACUUUCUUUGGAUGUAUUUAUGGCUACGACUCAGUAGUAGAUAUACCGUAUCGAUCUACAGCAACCCGAGCGGUUAUCCAUGCACGCGACAAUCUAGCGUAGGGAACGAAUCAAGUCGGCAUGUUGUGGUCAAGCCUGAAGUUGUAUUAAGAGUCUGUUGGCUUGUCUGGCUGCAAUCUACUCGUUAUGGAUCAGGAUUGAUACAUCCAAAGUAUAGUAGUGACAUUUUUGGGCCGAACAUCAGCAUGCAGUUAUCAAUGCCUACUUAGCGCAAAUGUUGCAUAUACCCCGGAAGACACAUAUGGAGUAAUGAGAAAUAUGGUCUAUAUCUGCCCUGGGCGGCUCGCAGGGCAGUCAGAUAUACCC